CGAUUUUUAAUAAAUAACGUUAAAAGCCUUAUUAUUAAAGGAAAUCAGUGUUGUAUAUAAAAUAAGUGCGUCGAGGUGUUACCUGACAUGACUUAAUAGAAAUGAAGGCAUACAAUCAAAUUUGGCUCCAACUUGUGUGAUGUCAUUGUGGUGCUAUAUGUAUAUUCAAACAGUCAUAUAGAUAUGUAUAAGUGAAUUUUGUGUAGUAGUAUAAUUCAGAGAUAUAAACAGUAAUGGCCCAAAAAUAUCUUUGAAGUUAAAGUGUUAUGGUCUGUUAUAGAGUGUAUUGAAUCUGAUCAAAUCUGUAACAGAACAAUAUAGAACAAGCAUCGAAUGUGAAUCACGCGUGUGCCUUAGCUUUAAAAACUAUUAGAUAUAAAAACGUUUGGGCUCAUAAUGGGCAGCGUCUGGAAACGUUUACAACGAGUUAACAAACGUGCGGCGAAAUUUCAGUUCACUGCCUCGUACCAUGACCUUCGAUUGGAAACCACCGCCAAGUGGCGCCCUUCAAAUCUUUCGGUAGUUUGGACAAGACGUUCGAGGCGUGUUGCUAGCUCACCAUUGCCAUGGGAACCAGAUAUGAUGAAUCCUCUAGUUGGAAAUAUUUCUUGGCCAGUUCCGGACAAUCACGCUAUAUCAGUAACAUUAUUUAAAGACCCUCGCACUCAUGAACUUGAGGACAAAGACUGGACAUUUGUAAUUGAAGAUAUUUCACUUCUGGGUAAAAAACGAGUAUUGGCUAAUGCAAGUAUAAAUAUGCGUAAAUAUGCCAGUGUGGAGUCUACACAGCAGAGUUUUACAUUAAGCCUCAAGCCAGUUUCUCGCAAAAUAACAUCCGCAGACUUGGAAUUAACAAUUAGCUGUGUCUUUCUGCGAGAAGGAAAAGCAACUGAUGAAGAUAUGCAAAGCGUUGUGUCAUUUAUGUCAGUCAAUAACAACUGUGACGUUGCACCACUCGACGACCUGGAAGAUAUACCAGACUUGGAAAACUCUGGGGAUAUCUCUGAUAAUUUAUAUGAUUUCACGCAACAAUUAGAGCAAAUGACGACAAGUUUAAACGGAUGUACCGAUGUACCAACGCCGUUAAGUAUUCCUUCAUUAUCCGAAGACCCAACUCCUUUGGCCGAAUCACUUAACCACCAUUUUGAUGUAGAAACGGAUCACGAAAAUAUACAGUUAGCUGUCGGAGUACAAUCACGGUUAAUAGUUGACGCGGAUGAGCCAUUAAAUAUUCCAGAGGUAGCUGAUGCACAGCUAAUUACACCAACUAAAGACAGUGAACAGGAUAAAAAGGAAAAUCAAAUUGUUUCUAAAUCGUUGAGAUCUGAUCAAAACGAAAGUUUCCAUGAAGUGCUAACAUCUACCCCUAAAGAAAAACCAAAUAACUUAGUAAUAUUAAAAAAAAACGACUUGAAUAAAUCACUUAUCUUUGAUAAGCAAGAUUGCAGUGCUGUUGAUGUACAGAAAUCACAGGAGAAUAAUUCGACUGCUGUCUUGAAUGUAACUCCUAUCAGUACGAAGUCAACCGGAUCAGUGGAAUAUAUAGAAAAGCAAACCAAGUCGAUAGACAACGUCGCUGUAAUAUCAAGUGUCAAGCGCCCCGAACUUCAGCCCUUGAAUUUAAAGAAAAGUUAUGAGACUACACCUGCCGUAAAUAUUUGCGCGACACUAAAUAAUUCCGCUUUAAAGCCCGUAGAGAAGAUCGUGCUAAAGGAUAACACCCCUGGACAAGAUUUGUUAGAGUGGUGCAAAGAGGUAACCAAAGAUUAUCCAAAUGUAAAAGUUACAAAUUUAACUACUAGCUGGCGUAAUGGCAUGGCAUUCUGCGCAAUAAUUCACCAUUUUAUGCCGCAUUUGAUAGAUAUGUCAAAUCUAAGUGCGCAUGACGUUGUUGGCAACUGUCGAACUGCUUUUGAUGCGGCAGAAACUUUGGGGAUACCUCGAGUUAUUGAGCCGCGUGAUAUGAAUUUGCUCACAGUGCCAGAUAAAUUAGCUGUCAUGACAUAUUUACACCAAUUGAGGGCACACUUCACUGGAAAGCAAUUGCAAAUUGAACAAAUUGGUCAGACUUCGGACGAGUCUAGCUACGUCAUCGGAAAUUAUAAGUCUGACAAUUUAUCGCAAAAUCUUAUAAACUUUUCGCAUCUGAAGACUCAGCUUUUACAAAACUCGUUCGAAGAGGAACACCUUUGUCAACAACAACAGAUGUCACCCUCCAGUAAAAAAGAUGUUAAAAAUCUUAUACUGAGUAGUUCAAAGAGUAUAUUGGGUAAAGUUCUGUCCCCAACAAAAGAUAAAAAUACAGCCAACGCGACGCAGACCUCAACUCAAACAACUAAAUCAUUAUUGAUUCGUCACACCCCAACUCCGCCCCUUAUUGAUGGCGAUGCAUAUGAGGAAAUGACAAAGAUUAGCAAAGAACCAAUAUUGCCUAUGUCGCUAGAUGCCAAUGCAACAAAUCGCAUAUUAACCCGUCACAAAGAAAUGAGCGAAAAAGCUAAAUUGAUGAUGGAAAAAUUAAAAAUUUCUAAUUAUGACGAGCGUCCCGAUGCAAAUGAUGAGGAGCGUCAGCAGCGAUUGCGGGAGCAGGCACGAAGACUUAUCUUAGAAACGCGAAAUAAGAUAGCCGGACCUGUAAAUAACGCUGUAGGCAGUCCCACAUCCCCUACUAACCUGAAGAGAUUUAACUACACUUCUGAACUUACAAUUUCGCCUAUUCACAAUGGCAGUAACAGCGGAGAGUCUCAAGACGACGUUACUUCUAAUAAAAUAGCUUCCACAGGGGAUAAAACUGUAGAGCAUGUUAUCCACACGAGUCCUAGUCAUAGAUUAAGUGAUGGAAACCUCACUCCUUUACAAUCCUUUAACGCAGUCGUAGAAAGGAUUUCACCAAAGCAUGAAAAAAGAAAUGAUAGACUUACCUACAUUGAGUCUGAGCUGGAAGCAUUGGAACGCGAGCAAGAGGCAAUUGACCAAAAAGCUAGCAAUCUAGAGGCCAAACUCCGUGCAGUCAUGGGCGGUAAUCCAAGUAAUAAUCGAACUGGUACAAAUCCCUUCCUUAGAUUAAUACGCAAUAGCAUUGGUGGUGGUGAUGUCAUACGCAUUAAGCUUCUUGACUCGGAUGAUGAAAGUUUAUUUGGUAGUGGUAUAAGCGCUGCCGGCAGUGGUACUGAUGAAGACUAUAAUGAUGAUGAAGAGGUAUAUAGUGACACUUCAAGCACCUCUGGCAAAAAAGAAAAAAAGCAACGGGAAGAUCAAGCUAUCGCAAUGCAACCGAUGCAAAAGAUGCAGACACGGUCACGGCCGCGCGCUCAGUCAUGUUUUGUGAAUGUAAAUCUUAACUAUCCACUAAUACAGCCCACAUAUCAACACCAAAUCGAUAAACAUGACCAUCAUUGUCAGCAUCAUCAGCAUGGCUCGAGCCAAACUCCUCACCACGUUCAUCACGUGGGACCAUAUAGUCAUUUCCUGUGUAAUUCUGCCUUAGUUGCAUCCUCCCGACAAUCCUCCUGUGAUAACGUACAAGCCUUUAAUGGAGAAGAUGACAAUUCUCUGGUUGUAUCUGCAACUGACCACGGUGCUUGCUCUCGACGAAGACGUACUGGCCGCAAAGCAAGCCAACAAAAACAUCGACGGUCACGUUCUCGCGGUUUUUGUGAAACUGAAGAGACGGAAGAGCAAUUACUUUCGCAGUGGUUUACACUUGUAAAUAAGAAAAAUGCACUUCUCAGGAGACAAAUGCAGUUAAAUAUUCUUGAACAAGAAAAGGAUCUUGAGCGCAAAUUUAGAAUGCUUAACCAGGAACUGCGCGCCGCUCAGUCCGUGGAGGAUUGGCGCAAAACUGAGGUGCAACGGGAAAAAGAACGCCUGUUGCUAGAGGAACUAGUAACGAUUGUUGAUAAGAGAGAUCAGCUUGUGCAGCAUUUGCACAAUCAAGAAAUAGCUAUUGAGGACGACCAGGAAAUUGCACGGGAGCUUGAACAAGUGGAUAUUAGCGGUGGAAAAGAAAAGUGUAUUAUACAAUAAAAAAAACUUUUUACCUAAUUUAACUUGACUGGAGAUUAAGCUUAAAUAUAAAUAUUUAUCUUCAUAAUUUAAUUGAUACUUAUGAAAUAAAGCAAAGAUUCAAUA